AUGACUUCCGUGUACAAGCAGUUCUUGGCUUCUCCCAGCUCCUCUCUCCUGGCCGACAAGGCCUCUCUGCACUAUGUUACCACCACGACGUCCGUCUUUGGUGCUACUGAGAUCAUCAAGCACCUCAACACGCUCCAGAAGCAGGUCAAGGUCAAGAAGCAGGAGUUCCUGAACCUUGUCGACGGACAAACCGUCAUUGUCGCCGAAGUCGACACGGCUCUGGAGUUCCAAACUAGUGGUGGCGCUUACCUUCCCGGCCUGGACGACAACUUCUUGUCUGAUCGUGUUGCCCAUCUGUCCAUAAUUCACAUCGUAACACUUGACGAGGAAGGCAAGAUUCUUCAAAUUCGUCAACAAUGGGACCAAGGUUCUCUACUCAAGCAGAUGGAAAUCAUCGGCAAGACUGGGCGCAAUUGGCCUAUUCGGGAUAGCAGAGAGCAACUCACUUUGAUCCAGUCCUGCCUCAAGUCGACUGGCGCAGCCACGACGCGGCCCGAAAGUCACAACGAUGUUGUGAUCCGAUCCCGAGCCAGUUCCAACAACGCUAUGCGCGACCCCCAUGCAUCCCUGCAACUGUUUGGAAAUCGAGAGGAGCUGGAAGCUGCUGAGUCCCAGACCGUCGUGUCACCUUAUGCAGGUCACCGUAAAGGACAGCGGUCUUUUGCUGAUGUGUUGGGUGACGAUCCUACCGGUGAGCACUACGGAGAACACAACCAUCGAUCAGCUUCGCCGAGCAAGGCUGGGCAGGGCAAGAAUGUUCAGCCUAUGCGCAUCUUUGAGGGUCAGGACCAUGUCGAGGAGGAGGACGAGACGCCCAAGACCACCAAGAACAAGUUCAUUAAGCCCCAUCCCUCAAGGUAUAGCCACUUUGACUUUGUCGAUGGAUCCGAUCCCCAGGACAAACCCCAGCCUGGUGUCUCAUUCGAGAAUCGUCCGAAAUCGAAGCAUGAUAGCCAGUGGGAUUUCCAAGACUUCACCACCCCCCAAAAAACUCAGCCUACCAAGCAGUACCGAGCACAGGAUGUUCGUCACUGGGACACCGAGGCUAGCAACAUGGAAGAUGACUCAGCUCACCAGGUUGGGAAAGCUCGCCGCGAUGCCGAAACCCAUUUUGAGCUUCAGGAUGACGGUGAGAAGCUGCCACACCAAGAGCGCGCAAAUACUCGCCCUAGAGGUUCGAUGCACAAUGACGGCCUCGGCUUGUACAAGAACAAACUGUUUGAUCAGGAAGGUGCUACACCUGAGCCCAAGCGUGCUCUCGGAAACAUUACCAACUUAAAGGGCCGUGGCAAUGACUUUGAUCCCCACUUCGCCAUGACUGACGAGUCGCCUGCUCCUGAGUCCUCCCGCACUCACCAUAUUCCAGAGGGACGGAUGAAGGCUGUUAAAAUGAUGGACGCCAAUUGGUCUUCUUACGAUAAAUCACCGACUGCCCAGAAGGAAAAUAAGCAACGAGGCGAGGGCCGAUUCUUGGAAGACAACAAGAUUAUUAUUGCUGGUGAUGGUAUGGGAGGCCGAAAGGGUACCAACCGCGACUGGCUUUAUGGCGGUGGUGACGAUGACACCCCCAAACCUACAUCACGAAAGACCAACCCCGGUGCCGCUCAAAAGAGCUUCUGGGACUUCUAA